GCGCUGAAAAACUUGUUGUUGUCGGGGAAAAUGGCGUCAAACGUAGAAGCCCCGGAGCGCUGGUACCUCGCCCUACUUGGCUUCGCGGAGCAUUUCCGAACCUCUAGCCCUCCCAAAAUACGCCUAUGCGUGCAUUGUCUGCAGGCCGUGUUUCAGUUUAAGCCGCCACAGAGGAUUGAGGCCCGUACGCAUCUCCAACUGGGCUCGGUUCUCUACCACCACACCAAGAACAGCGAGCUGGCCCGGAGCCACCUGGAGAAGGCGUGGUUUAUUUCCCAGCAAGUCCCCCAGUUUGAAGAUGUCAAGUUUGAGGCUGCAAGCAUUUUAUCUGAACUCUUCUGCCAACAGAAUUUGGUGGACUCUGCAAAGCCCCUUUUGCGCAAGGCCAUCCAGAUUUCUCAACAAACACCCUACUGGCACUGCAGGCUGUUGUUCCAGCUGGCGCAACUUCACACGCUGGAGAAAGACUUGGUGUCGGCAUGCGACCUGCUGGGUGUGGGAGCAGAGUACGCCCGCGUUGUGGGCUCAGAAUACACCAGGGCGUUGUUUCUCCUCAGUAAAGGAAUGCUGCUGCUAAUGGAGAGGAAGCUAGGGGAGGUGCAUCCCCUGCUCACGCUCUGCGGAACCAUUGUAGAGAACUGGCAGGGAAACCCCAUCCAGAAGGAGUCCCUGAGGGUCUUCUUCUUGGUCCUGCAGGUCACACACUACCUGGAUGCUGGACAGGUAAAGAGUGUCAAGCCAUGUCUGAAGCAGCUGCAGCAGUGCAUCCAGACCAUUUCUACACUCCAUGACGAUGAGAUUCUGCCAAGUAACCCAGCUGACCUCUUUCACUGGCUCCCUAAGGAGCACAUGUGUGUUCUUGUAUAUCUGGUGACAGUGAUGCACUCGAUGCAAGCAGGUUACCUGGAGAAAGCACAGAAGUACACAGACAAGGCUCUAAUGCAACUAGAGAAACUAAAAAUGUUGGACUGCAGCCCGAUCCUUUCUACCUUUCAAGUCAUUCUACUGGAGCACAUAAUCAUGUGCAGGCUUGUCACAGGCCACAAGGCCACUGCAUUACAGGAGAUCUCACAGGUGUGUCAGCUUUGCCAACAGUCUCCCAGGUUAUUCACCAACCAUGCUGCUCAGCUCCAUACGUUAUUAGGCCUUUACUGUAUCUCAGUCAACUGUAUGGAUAACGCGGAGGCGCAGUUUACCACAGCCUUGCGGCUCACCACACACCAGGAGCUAUGGACUUACAUUGUCACCAACUUGGCCAGUGUCUACAUUAGGGAAGGAAACCGACAUCAAGAGUUGUACAGUCUCCUAGAGAGAAUAAACCCAGACCAUAACUUCCCAGUGAGCUCACACUGCCUCCGCGCCGCUGCCUUUUACAUCCGGGGACUGCUUUCCUUCUUCCAAGGCCGCUACAAUGAGGCAAAACGCUUCUUGAGAGAAACCCUGAAGAUGUCCAAUGCCGAGGACCUGAACAGACUGACCGCCUGCUCGCUUGUUCUGCUGGGCCACAUCUUCUACGUACUGGGCAACCACAGAGAAAGCAACAACAUGGUUGUACCUGCCAUGCAGCUCGCCAGCAAGAUUCCCGAUAUGUCCGUGCAGCUUUGGUCCUCUGCACUGUUAAAGGAUUUGAACAAGGCGCUUGGCAACACCAUGGAUGCCCACGAAGCAGCCCAGAUGCACCAGAACUUCUCCCAGCAGCUUCUGCAGGACCACAUCGCAGCCUGCAGCCUCCCCGAGCACAACCUCAUUAGUUGGACCGAUGGCCCUCCUCCUGUCCAGAUCCAAGCCCAGAACGGCCCCACUACCAGCCUGGCAAGCCUGCUAUGAGGAGGACUUUGUACUAUGUAUGUGUGCGUGACUGUGUGUGUGUGUGUGUGUGUGUAUGCACGCGUGUGUAGCUGGUACAUUAUCACAUGCAACCAAAUGACAUCUAAGAAGUUGCUAUCCACAUAAUUUUAGUCCAGAUUGAAUUAGAUUUUAUUUCCUGGUUCUCUGCUAUCACAUUUGCAUUUGCUGUAAAACAAUUACCACUACUGUUGUUCGUCUAGUUGGGGCUGGACUCUGAGACCUUCUCCACUUCCACCGUUGAGACCCUUCCUCUACAAUUGCCAGCUUUCUUUUCCAUUUGUAGGGAAAACCAGGCGAUAGACAGGAGGGUAGUAAAGAUGUAGAAGAAAUUAAUUUAUUAUUCAUGUUGAUAUUUUUGUAUCUGUUGUUAAAUAUUUGACCAUCAUGCUGUCAUUAUGUUUUGUUUUGUUUUGUAUGGAUGCAUUUGUUUUCAUGCAUGGAAGUUGCUGAUGUGGACUCCUUGUACAUUAGUUUCUCACCCGGGUUUGCGAAUAAGAUAUUCUUGGUAGAUAUUUUUUGCACAAAAUCCAUAUUAGAGAAGUAAAGACCUCUUGUAAUAUAUUUUUCACACAAUAAUCAGUUGAAAUGUCACAUUUUUGCAAAUUUUUUGGAGUGUGGAUGCAUUUCUAAAAAAAAAAGUGUUCAGUGUUCAUUAUGGAUCAGAUGUCUGCGUUGAGUUUUAUAAUAUUGUGUUGGCUUUUCAAUGAUGCCACUGUUUUUCCUUUCAUAAUAUAUUAAUUUUAUGUAUUAAUUUCCACAAAUCAAGUUCAGGUGUUUUUCAGCUAACGGUAACCUUCAAAUUGUGUUGAUUUUGUUUUUUUACAUUUUUAAAAUCUGUCCCUGUUAGUUCUACUCAAUUGUGUUCUUGACAGUUUCUGUGUACAAAUUUGGCUCUCAUCGAACCUUUUAUUGUACAUGGCAUUUUAUAAAGUCCAAUUUAGGCAAGUGUCAUGUAUUUUUAGCCCUAAUGGUGUAGAAUAAUCUCAAUGCUUGGUAUUUAAGACACUGUUACGGACACAGUUUAAGCUUGAGUACUAGUUCAGCUAUCAAUGCUUAUGUUUUUAAUGCUGAUGUUUUCAAUAAUUUUCCAAUAAAAACAUGAAAU